AUGAUUUUCACAUGUGAAUUCUCCAAAGAAGUAUGGAUCUUGGCGCCGCUUGCUACCCCUGUAACCCUGGACCUUAUACUUAACACAACUACUGGUCUCGACCUCAUUAGAAGAAUCCCAUCAUUGCCACCGAUUGGUUUGGGACCAGGAACUCUACCAGCGUGGAUCUGCUGGAACCUUUGGAUCUCCAUAAACCAAUUGACCUUCCAAAGUCGAACCUUCUCACCGAUGGAAACCCUAUCGAAAGCAAUCAAGGAAGCACGAUAUUGGUCUUUAGCUCAACUCCUUCACCCAAAACCCCAAACCAGAAACCCUAGUAUCUCCCAGGAUCCGAUCAACGACCCAUCUCAAGCUUGCAUGUAUACAGAUGCAGCUUGGACCCCUUUGUCGAAACGCGCUGGACUCGGUUGGAUCAUCGACGAUUCUGGAUCUACCACAACAUAUUCAGCGACCUCCCCUUUUGUGGCGUCGCCCCUUAUUGCGGAAACUUUGGCUCUUCGAGCAACCAUGAUCUCUGGCAACACUCGUGGAAUUACCGCUCUCUGUAUCUACUCUAAUUCUUUAACCCUCAUCAAGUUGGUGAAGAAGAAAGGAAGAAACCUAGAGAUCGCUAGAAUUCUCAACGACAUUUAUCUCCGCUGCCAUAAAUUUAUUGCUAUUCAGUUUAAGCAUAUCCCUAGAACUGAUAAUAAUAUAGCUGACUCUAUUGCCAAACAGGCUCUAGGAUUAAUGUAUGAACCUUAA